AGAUCCUGCAUUUUUGCUCUGCGCGGUUCGACGACGAGGGCUGCGCACGACAAAUCAUCUCGCGGUCCGAACGACGGGUCACCCGGUCUGUACUCGUGAGCGUGGUCAUGACCGGCGUGUUGACAGCAUCGGCCCGUAGAUCGCGCUCCUAGUCGCGACAUUGCCAAGAGAGACUCGUUGUGCGCACCCCUAUCCGCGAUGUCGCAGGAGGCCGUCGUAGCUCGAACAUGGUCCACCAGGGGUGAUCAAGACUUGGCAUUCGUCUUGCCGGGAAAGCGGCCCGCUUCACCCGAGAAGUUUCAGCAGCAGAAGUCAUGUCCCAAUCCUCGAGGGGAUUCGGGGAAUUGGCCCGGCGCUAUGCUUGUCCACUAUCGGUGUCCCGCUAUCCCUUCAUCUAUAUGAGGGCAUAUGAGGGCUGCGCCCAUCGACCAACUCCCAUCCUCCCUGCAACCUCAGCAUGUCCUCGUCACCCCAGAAACCAUUUGGCGGGCGCGUCGCAAUCGUCGGCACCGGCUCGCGCGCGUCCAUGUUCGUCCGCGGCAUCGUCGCCCGGCCCUCCACCUCCUCCGUCGUCGCGAUCUGCGAACCCAACCCGGUCCGCGCGGCGUACUACAACGAGCUACUCGCGUCGCUCGGCGCCCCGUCGGUGCCGAUAUACAAGCCAGAGAGCUACGUCGAGAUGUUGGAGAAGGAGGCGGUGGAGGCGGUGGUCGUGACGUGCGUUGACGCGCUGCACGACGCGUACAUCGUGCCGGCGUUACAGAAAGGCCUGCGGGUGUUGACCGAGAAGCCGAUGACGACGGAUGUCGACAAGUGCCGGCGGAUCUUGCAGACGGUGAACGAGACCGGGAACCACCUGACGGUGACCUUCAACUACCGAUAUAACCCCGUGCACGAGCUCGUCAAGCGCACCCUCGCAUCCGGCAAGAUCGGCGAAGUCCUCUCCGUCCACUUCGAGUGGCUGCUCGACACCGUGCACGGUGCAGACUACUUCCGGCGCUGGCACCGGCAAAAGUCCAACUCGGGCGGGCUCAUGGUCCACAAAUCCGGGCACCACUUCGACCUCGUCAACUGGUGGCUCGGCGCCUCCCCCGUGCGCGUCGCCGGCAUGGGCCGGCUCGCGUUCUACGGGUCCGGGAACGCCGGGCAGCGCGCCGGGUGGGCGAAGGACUACGUGCGCGCGCGGGGGGCGGACGAAGCCAGGGGAGACCCGUUCGCGAUCGAUCUGGAGGGCGACGAGACGUUGCGCAGGAUAUACGCCGACGCGGAGGGCGAGGACGGGUAUCACCGCGACCAGAACGUGUUCGCGCCUGGGAUCGGGAUCGAGGACGACAUGAGCCUGCUGGUGCGGUACGAUACCGGCGCGACGAUGACGUACCAUCUCACCGCCUACUCGCCCUGGGAGGGCUACCGCGUGAUGUUCAACGGCUCGCUCGGCCGGCUCGAGCUCGAAGUCGUCGAGUCCCAGUUCCGCCUCCCCGCCGACCCCCAGAUCGCGGGCGGGCAGAUCCACGGCACCGCCUCGCUGCCCAACCCGGGGCCCGCCACGGUGCGCCUGCACCCCCUGUGGCGCGCGCCCGAAGUUCUCCCCGUGGAGUACGAGCACGGCGAGCACGGCGGCGGCGACCGGCGGAUGCUGAGCGUGCUGUUCGGCGCUCUGCCGGGGGAGGAGGUCGACCAGGGCGACGCGGCGAAGCAGGGGGCCAACGAGAGGGACGGGGCGAUGGCGCUCGCCGUCGGGUUGAUGGCGAACGAGAGCUUUAGGACGGGCCAGUUCGUCGAUAUCGAGAGUUUGCGGUUGCCGUUGUAA